AUGGGUGCGGCUGGAUCAGCAGAUGAUAUUAAUGCCAUGGAAAUUCAUCACUGGUACACAAAAUUUAUGAAGGAGUGCCCAUCUGGACAGCUUUGUCUGCAUGAAUUUAAACAUGUCCUGGAUCUGCAUGGACUUACUCCAGAAGCUAAUGGUUAUGUUGAACAAGUAUUUCACACGUUUGACAUGAAUAAGGAUGGAUUUAUAGACUUCUUGGAGUUCAUAGCUGCAAUAAAUUUGGUUAUACGAGGCAAAAUUGACCAAAAAUUGAAAUGGUACUUUAAGCUGUAUGAUGCUGAUGGAAAUGGAUGCAUUGACAAAAAAGAACUAUUAAGCAUAUUCACGGCUAUCCAAGCUAUUAAUGGCCACACUGACAUGACUGCUGAAGAAUUCACAGACAUGGUAUUUCAGAAGAUAGAUGUGAACAAUGACGGGGAACUGACUUUGGAGGAAUUUAUCAGCGGCGUGGAAAGAGACAGGAAUCUAUUGGAAUUGAUUACAAAAAGUUUUGACCUUUCCAACGUACUCAAAGCCAUACAAAACGGCAGGAGGCACAGCAUCUGAAGGCUUCAGUGAUGGAUGUAGCAUCUGUGUCACCGUUUGCAAGGAAGAUAAUGUUUGAUACACUCAGGGAGCUUCAGCUUGUCAAA